AUGAAGGGAGGAGGAUAUAGAGUCUAUGGAAUUAGUAACCUUCAUAAUGUAACUGAAACAACACCACCAACAUCUAGAUCGUCAAGUGUAAUCAGUGACAACUCAAGAACCAAUUCAACUGCACCCUUAAAAAUCCAAUCUGAAAWUGCUAGCAAACUUAUAGAUAAAGUUAAGAAUUUACUGGAUUCCAGUUCAGGAAUCUGUCCAGAACUCAAGAACCAAGUUACACAGAUCUUAUGCAAAAGACCCAAUGGUGUUUGGGCAGCACGCCUACCUGUUGAAUACAAGAAAGCUUUUGACAAGGAAUUGAGAGUGCGUGACUAUGGAUUUACAAAUGUAGUUGAGUUAGCUGAUGCAAUGCCAGAUAGAGUAAGAAUAGAAAGACCAACAAAAACUGGAGACUGGCUGUUAUACAGCACUAAAGACUUCUAUGAAGAGCUCAACCCAGUGGCAUCGAAUACAGCACAACCUGCACAAAAGCAUGAAAAACCAAAUGAUUUAUGCAGGCAACAACAACACAGAUCUAAUAUACAAGAUGGUGUAGGACAAGGCACAUACUUCAAGAAGCUUACAGUUCCUGAUUCAGGUUACUUCAGUGUCUAUAUUUCCCACUGCAUUGAUCCUAAUAAUUUCUGGAUAAUUUUUACUGAUGAAUGGCCAAAACUAGAAGCAAUUGGUAAAGAUCUAAGCACAUUUUAUAAUGGUUCAGAAGGUGACAGGUAUAACAUGCCUGAGAAGCUUGUCUCUGUAGGACAGGUUUGUUGUGCUUGGAGUGCAGAUUUUGAAGACUGGUUUAGAGCUGUUAUUACUGGUGUCAGUUCCAUGCAGAAUAUUGAGGUUUUUUAUGUUGAUUAUGGUAAUAACAGUAGAGUGACAUUGUCAGAACUCAGAAUUCUGAGAUCAGCAUUCUUGAACCUACCUGGUCAAGCCGUUUAUUCACAACUGGCCUACAUUAAACCACUUAAAGGGAAUGAAUGGUCUCCUGGUAGCUGUCAUCGUUUUUACCACCUCACCAAGAAUUAUAAAGCUUUGUUUGGUCUUCUUUGUGGAACUAAGGAUGGGAAACUCUGUCUUUGUCUUAGUGAUACUACAUCAGAAGAAGAUGUGCAUAUCAAUGAUUUACUGGUUGAUGAAGGUUAUGCCUUGUUCUGUCCUGAUUCACCUGUCAGCCAUGACUCCCCUGUCAACAAGUCCUUUUCCAACCAACCUUUACAUGCCAUUGAAAAGUGUAAUCCAGAGAGCACAACUAUCCGUCACCCACCAGGACUACCCCCUGCAAGGGAGGGACAGCAAUUCUUUAAUCAACAUAUUGCAUCUGCAAUAUCCAGCUGUACUACAACAAUACCAGAAUUCCCACUGCAGUUGAAUAUUGACUACAACAAUGAAUCUUUUAUGAACAGGUUUGUUAGUCGUGAUAAUCAUCUGCAAGAUGUGCAAGAGAGAAUGCCAGAACAGCACACAGAAGAUGUGUCAAGAAAAGAUAAAGAUGAAGCUCCGUCAAAAGAAACUAGCCAUUCCCAAAGUUGUUUUGUCUGCUGAUGAAGAUCGUGAGCUAAUGGAAGAGUUAGUAAAAUAUGAGGUGAGAGGCAUGGUUGAUGACGGUUAUCCUCGUACUUUUGUAACGUUAUAUCCGUUGACCAGCUUGCCAGAGAUACUCAACACGUUUAAUCAUCCAUUAGAGGAACUUGUUUCACGAGUAGAGCUUGAGAUAAGACAGUUUGAGAACGAAGGUGAAGACUACUGGCUCGUAUCGGAGACUGAAAAUGAUUCUGCUGACUCAGAG